UAUAUAGAUAAGAAGAAAAAAAGAAAAUAAAAGGGUGCAUGCCUAGUUUAAUCUCUAUCCUCCAAUUCCAUGGCCAUCAAAGUCUUUAGAAUAUAAGAUAAUGUGGUGAAGGUUUAAUAGGUUGCAUGUCACAGACCUCAUGUCCAUGAAUCCAUGAACCAAGUCCAAUGCCAAGUAGUAACAUAUUCUUGUAGCUCGUGGUCUCAAUUAGCACAUCCACAACUCCAAAAAGCUGGGUACCUUAAAGAUUUUGAUACACACCUCAGCAUGUCUUAAAGAUGCAAUCCCUUGGUCAAAGCCCAUCUUUAUAAUCAUAAUAUCAUGAUGAUCCUCACAGGCUGAUUUCUUUCCAUCUCCAUCAUCAUUUAACCAAUCUAAAUGCUACCCCCUAAUCCCCCUUUCCAUCCUAACACUUCUUUCCAUCCACCUCAGCAUGUCUUAAAAACAGUGAAUUAAUGAUGCAAUCCCUCGGUCAAAACACUCCUCCUGCUUCCCCCUAUAAAAGGUAACUAACUGUACGCAGCAUACGGUACACAUGGCCAGGAAGAAGGUAAACCUUGCAUGGAUCGCCAAUGACUCCACGAGGAGGGCGACCUUCAAGAAGAGGAGGAAGGGGUUGAUGAAGAAGGUGAGCGAGCUGUCGACUCUGUGCGACGUGAAGGCGUGCAUGAUCGUGUACGGGCCGCAGGAGCCGCACCCGGAGGUGUGGCCGUCGGUGCCGGAGGCCACCCGGGUGCUCGCGCGCUUCAAGAGCAUGCCGGAGAUGGAGCAGUGCAAGAAGAUGAUGAAUCAGGAAGGGUUCCUCCGGCAGCGCGUGGCCAAGCUGCAGGAGCAGCUCCGCAAGCAGGCGCGCGAGAACCGUGAGCUGGAGGUGGCGCUGCUCGUGCACGAGGGCCUGGCGGGGCGGAGCCUCGACGACGUGAGCAUCGAGGACGCCACGAGCCUGGCGUGGAUGGUGGAGAUGAAGGCGAAGGUGGUGCACGACCGGAUCGAGCGCGUGAGGAAGGAGCACGUGGCCGCCGCGCUGCGAACGGCGGAGACAACCGUGGCCACGAGGGAGAAGACGCCCGUGGAGGCGGCGAUGGAGGCGCUCCAGCGGCAGGACUGGUUCAUGGAGGUGAUGAACCCCAACGAUCACAACGUGAUGUUUGGUGGAGGGGAUGAAACGAUUCCAUCCUACAUCGACCACAGCAGCCCAUGGCUCGAUCCUUACUACCCUUUGAACUGAAACCUCAUGACCUCACCGGUCAUGUCUGAUGUCUGUUGUUCCUUCUUCUCUCUCGUUCGGUCCUUUCUUCUUCAUCUAGU